GGGGAGGGGAGUGGGGGGUGGAGGUAGGUUCACUGACUGAAGUUCCUGUUUACAUCCAGUUCGCUAGUUCAACACACAGCAGUGAGUCUCUCUCUCUCUCACUCUCUGUUAGAUACUCUAUUGUUUCUCUGGCUUGAUGAUAUUUAGUAAAAUUGUGCUCUAGGUCUUAUAGCUAACAGGAUUAUUUAUUGCUGAUACUCACACUAGUGACUCUUUCUGUUGUAAUGAUCGGGUGGAAGCUCAGUAACCAUGGAGACAAAUAGAUUAAAAAGAAGUUGUGAGAAAAGCUCAGAGACGACAAGCAGAAUAACAGGAAAAAGAAAAUUCUUCAUAAACCGAGCAAGAGCUGGAGAAAGUGGAGACACAGCACAGAAGAGUGGAAAUGAGCAGGAGGAGGACUCUCUAUGUGCUGAUCUGGACCUCGAGCCUCUCAGUGUGGACGACUAUCAGACGCUUCUACAGAGCUUAAAGAUUAACCUGCCUGAGGGAGCAUUAAACACUGAGGCCAGCCAACGCUCCACUUAUCCUGAGGUCAUCAAAGAUUCACAAAAAAUUGUGCAAAAAAUGAGAAACGGUAAACUUACUGUAGUUCAGAAACCUCGCCUGUCAUGUGUGAAGGUUAAAAACGCUGCUGAACUGAGAGAGAGAGGCAAGAUUACAGACUUUGUAGAGAUGGUAUUUUUUAAAAAGCAGACCAAAGCCUCAGAGAGAACCUUAAAGGAGCGAUGGGAAAUGAAUGCUCAGGAAAGCGGCUGCAGGUUCAGGAUGAGGGACACAUUCAAGGAGACGCUGAUCUCCACUCCUGAAAAGUCUGCCAGUGCUGCAGGAGCUCAGAAAGCCUGGUUUGGGGAUCCAGCAGACAACAAAAACAAUGAAACAGACUGCUUCAAAUUCUUUCUUAAACACAAAGGUCUGGAACUACAAGAUGUCAAAUACAAAAGAGAAUAUAAAGUGGAAUCUGGUUUUAUCUCUGGAAGGUUGGACUUUUUAUUAGAUGUGAAAAGUUCAGCUGAAAGCAGUAAAACGUCACAGAGCGAGAAAAUCAUCAUCGAAUGUAAAGGUACAAAAGGCAACAUGGUGGGAGAUGUUUUCACUAUAACACACAAGCAAGAACAUCAGGCUGAACUCAAUGAACACCAUGACUAUUAUCAUCAAACCCAGGCCUAUCUGUACAUCCUGAAAAAGGAAGUAAACCCCGUUCCAGUGAGAGCUGUGAUGGUGGUGAAGGUCACUGCUGAAGACACAGAGCCAGAGUUCUACUGGGGUGAGGUGAGAGACAACUCAGAGCACAUGGAGGAACUGAACAACUUCUGCGAAGAGGAGGCACUGCCUCGCUUCCUGGCUGCUCUCAACCUCAUCUUUCAGAAAGUUACAGAAGGACAAGAAGAGAAGGAAACGGAGCAACCAGGAAAGACAGAAAGAGAUAGAGAGAUGGAAAGCAUCAGCAGCAGUUGAUCAUUGUGGGGAUUAAAGGAAAUUGUUAAGUCGUGUCUAAUCACUUCUAAAUUUCUGCAAAUCCAACAUGAUCCUUUAAGGAUGAGGAAUUUCAUUAUUACACAAUUUUAACACACACACACACACACACACACACACACACACAAACACACACACAUACAUACACACACAAACACACAAACACACAAAUACAUACAAACACACACACACACACACACACACACACACACACACACACACACACACACACACACACACACACACACACUUGUGUAAUAUUUAAUAACGAUUUUUGGACUCUUUAGAGAGCUGAGGUCUGGACACUUCUUUAAAAUAUCUGAGCUGAAUAUGUUGUGUGUGUUUGUGGUGAUUAUUAACACAUGAUUAACACUUACAGGGUUUUCUGUAAACUUUUUCACUUUUUCCACUCUUUUAAAAUGACGAUUAGUCAUCAUGUAAAAUCUUUUGGAGGUUGUAUAAGGCUGUCUCUCUCACAAACACACACACACACACACACACACACACACACACACACACACACACACACACACAAACACACACACAAACACAUCAGUUACACAGUAGAACAUCCCCGAGAUGCAGCUUCAGCUUCCUACAGUAAACACACCAGUGAAGGACACCGAGUCUCGACAGAAAAAACAACAUAAGGUCAGAAGAAGGAGGAAUUGCAUUAAUGGCAGAACAAGCAGCACAGUCUGGUAAAGCUGAGCAGGAACUGGCAGCUCUCAGUGCUGAUGACUUCCUGGAUCUGGGGGAGUUAUUGAAGAUUAGAUUCCCUAAAGGGGUUGUGACACCUGAGGCCGUCGCUCAGUCCACACGCUCAAACGUCAUUGCAGAUGCAGCACUCAUUAAACAGGAUCUGGAAAACUGCACGCUCCGAAUCGCUCAGAUUCCUCGACUGGCCUGUGGGAAAAUCCAUCAGGUGUUGAUGCUGAAAGAGGAGAAUAAAUUUGAAGAAAUCACAAAAACUAUAUUUUUUAGAGACUCGGAAGGAGAAACCCUGAAGAAACGAUGGGAAAAAAUCACUCAGGCUGGUUGUAGGUUCCGGAUGAAAAACACAUACCAAGAGACUGUUAGAUGUCGCGGGUCAAGAAACUCCUUUAGGAAUAAUCCCGAAAACCAGUUGAUUGCAUUGGAGUGCCUCCAUUUCUACCUACAACAGCUGGGGCUCACUCCAAAUGACGUUGACUACAAAACAAACGGAAGGCCGGAGUUCGGAUUCCUCUCUGGAAAGACCAACUUUCUAGUGGAAAUGAAACACUCUCCUGAAGACACUUCACCAUUUGAGAAAGUCAUCAUUAAAUGUAACAGUUCAACAAGUGAGAGUGGAGGAAAUAUAUUCAUUCGACCCAAAGAAGGUCAUCAGGCUGAGUUCCACUCUUCCCAUCAGUCCUACCUUCAGGCUCAGGGCUGUCUGUUCAUCCAGAAAGAGAAAGAGAAGCUGGAAGAGAAUCAGCUUCCGAUCAGAGCUGUGAUGGUGAGAAAAGUUGAACAAACGUUUUACUGGGGCCACGUGAGUGAAGCCACGGAGAAGAUCGAACAACUGAACAACUUCUGCAAAAAUGAAGCAUUGCCUCGAUUCCUCGCUGUUCUCAGUCUGAUCUUUGAGAAAAACAACUAGAAGUGUUCAGACGCCGUAUGUUAGAUGUCACUUCAUGAUUGUUUUACAAGAACCUUCUGUGGUUAUUAGAGCCUCAGGAAGAUGAAACUCCUUUUGUGUAUGACUCUUCUUAUUAUCUUCUCCUUUUCUGUCACUUUUUUAUUUAUGAUUAAUUAUAAAAUGAUUAAUAAUAAAAUACUAUGUUGUUUACAAUUUUAUGAAGUUCAUCCAAAAAGAAUAAAAACUUGACUAAAUGAA